UAUAUUUUAGUACUAAAUUUCGUAAGAAGAAGGGUCCAAAUUAAAAAGAAUAACGAUAAUAUAAUAAAAAUAAGAAAACAACAAAGGAAGCACGAUGUGGCCGCUUGUUAUGGCCGUCCUCAGGCGCAAUGCCGUUUACAUAACUCUGCCCAUUGCCGGCGUGGUGGGCUUCAUUGGCUAUAAUCUUGAGAGCCUGCUGUCUGACAAAUAUACUCCAUACAGUCCCUCAAUUCAGGAAGUGCGAGCCAAACGCUUGACCGACGAGAGUCUAACAUCGAACGCCACCAAUGUGGAAAAGCUGCGGCUCGACAGCUCUGUUCUGGAGCGGAAUCUGUCGCCUUCCUUGCAGCCUAAGGCUUGAUUUAAUUGUAUUAAUCUGUAAAUAUUAGCUAAAAUUAAAAAAGUUGACAAAAUAGAAGCAAAAAAUGUUGUCAACGACA